GGCCCCGGGCAGGCUCUGCGGGCGCUGCGGCGGGCGGAUGGCGGCGGAACGCGGAGCGGGGCUGCGCAUCUUCCGCGAUAUAUUAAGAAGAGCAGACAAGAAUGAUGAUGGAAAACUGUCCUUUGAUGAAUUCAAAGCUUAUUUUGCUGAUGGAGUUCUGAGUGGAGAAGAACUGCAUGAACUUUUUCACACCAUUGAUACACGCAAUACUGACAAUCUUGACACAGAAGAGCUCUGUGAUUAUUUUUCAAAGCACUUAGGAGAAUAUGAAAAUGUUCUAUCUGUCUUGGAAGACUUAAACAUAACCAUACUGAAGGCAAUGGACAAAACAAAGAAAGACUAUCAGGAAGCUUCCAGUUUGGAGCAGUUUGUGACUCGCUUUCUUUUGAAGGAGACACUGAGCCAGCUGCAAUCCCUCCAGAGCUCCCUGGAGUGUGCCAUGGAAGCCACGGAGGAGCAGACCCGGCAGGAGAGAAAAGAUCCAACAAAACCAGAAGUGCUCUCAUUUCAGUGGCCAGGAAAACGCUUAGUUCGAAGAUUUCAGAGGAACAACAGCCUGUCAUCAAAUAACCCUUAUUCUAGCACAGGUUGGGUUGAGGAAGACAGCCAGUGGGUGAUCCAGAUAAACAGACUCCAGAAGCUAAUUGAUAGACUGGAAAAGAAGGACUUAAAGCUUGAGCCACUUGAAGAGGAAGUUUUGGAAGAAAAUGAAAGACCUCACAUAAUGGUUGUUCAGCAUCAAAUGUCUGUGAUAGAAGAAAAGGUGGAGGAAUUCCGUCUUGCUCUGAAGCAGUACGUGGAAUCUGCUUCUGCUCAAGGCUGCUUGCAUGUUUCCAUACAGAAGCUUCCAAAUAAUUUCCACUUCAUUGUUUAUGAGUUCUGGGAAAACAGCAAUGCGUGGAAUAGCCACCUUCAAAUGAAUUACAGCAAGGCAUUCCAGAGAAGUAAUGUGGAUUUCUUGGAAACUCCAGAGCUCAUCACAACAAUGCUAGUUCCUGCAUCGUGGUGGGUCCUCAAUAACAACUAGAAGCUGUGGUUCCAAGUAAUGUUAAUGUUGUAUUGUCUUUCGUUACACUAACAUUCAUAUUGCAGUGUGCAGGUGAAUUUAUGAUGUAAUAGUAUUUGUUAAUAUGGGUGGGAUCUUUUCCACUUUAUCCAUUCUAAAAUCUGGAAAACUGCACAUUUAUAUCCUUUUCUUCUUGUGACAAGUUCAGUGAAAUGAUGCAUUCUAAAAACUGAACAACUAUGAUAAGCUAUUUAUUUCUGUGACAGUCUAAACCGCGACAGAAA